AUCUUGGAUUUUACGCGGCGUAUGUAGAAAUUAAUGGGAUUUACCCGCGCUCCGUCGGGAAUCGGUCGUGUUUUUCUUUUCCGUGUCGACGCCUGACAUUAACCUGAUCCGCCUGUGAACUGUUGCUGAGAGCUGCCGAGCCUUGGCCUGAGAAUGCAACCUUGUACCAACAGCUGAAGGAGGAUCAGAUUCUGCUGUCAGACUGCGCCUCGUCUCUCGCUGUUCAGGCCUACCUCAGGAUGUGCGAUCUGCCAGUGCAGGUGGUUUGCAGGGCGAAUGCUGAAUACAUGUCACCCUCUGGUAAGAUUCCCUUUAUUCAUGUAGGGAACCAGGUGGUGUCAGAACUUGGGCCAAUAGUGCAAUUCACCAAAGCUAAGGGUCGUUCUCUGAGCGAUGGUUUGGAUGAUGUUCAAAGAGCUGAAAUGAAAGCGUACAUGGAGCUGGUCAACAAUAUGCUGCUUACUGCUGAGCUGUACAUCCAGUGGUGUGAUGACGCUACAGCUGCUGAGAUUUCCCGUCCCAGAUACAGCAGUCCUUACUCGUGGCCUCUGAGUAACAUCCUCGCCUAUCAGAAGCAGUGGGAGGUUCGCAGGAAGAUGAAUGCCAUUGGCUGGGGAGGGAAAACCCUGGAGCAGGUUUAUGAAGAUGUGAGCCAGUGCUGCCAGGCUCUCUCCCAGAGGCUGGGAACACAGCCAUACUUCUUUAAUAAACAGCCUACAGAGCUGGAUGCGUUGGUGUUUGGUCACCUUUUCACCAUACUGACAACCAGACUGACCAGCAGCGAGCUGGCAGAGAGGAUCAAGAGCUACAGCAACCUGUUGUCGUUCUGCAAACGUAUCGAACAGACCUACUUUGAAGGCAAGAGCUCCUGAAGGACUGACAAUAGCCUCUCCUUCUCUGUAUUUUCUCGUCUUGUACAUUCUGUCUUUCCGUUGCUCGUUCCCUCCCUGUGGCACUGAGAAGCUAAAAACUGCUCAUAUUGACAUACGUGUCCCUCCUCGAUUCUUCCUUUACUGCCCAUUUUGCUUCCUGCUUGUACAUUGUUGCAUGUUGCUGAUAGGAGUCCAGGCGAGCCAGUCCAUUAAAGGACUAAGAUGUGUCAACUGCACAUAAAUAAAUAUCCCAGGAAGGGAGUUCUUUAUUAUGAUUCCAGGUAUGGCUAGCACCAAAGUACCCUAAAGUCACAGUAAAGAUCAUUCUAAAGGGUAUUAACAACAAGUAAAUGAUCUAAAAAGAUUCUUCCAAGUUUAAAUACAUUUGUCAGAAUGAUGAGAAUACAACUGCACACACCAGUCUGAUCUGCAUAUCCGACUUAGCUCAACUGGACUAUUUUCAACAGACCACGGGGCCUUUACAUUUCCAGCGUUGCAGGAAUUCAAUAAAAAUAUUGAUGAUGAUAAUACAACCCUCAGUGAAUUUCCAGAAGUAGAUCAAAGGUCAGGAUUAAAUGUAGAACAGAGCUCCCAAAUCUUCCAGCGAUUUAUCGUCAGGCUCAGUGACACCUCAGCAGGGUGGAGGCUGCUCGAAACAGAGGCCAAGACUUUAUUUAAACUUUGCUUUUCCACAUUUUGCACUCUGUUCCACAAGAAUGCUCUACUUUUACCCACCGACUCUCAGAGAGGUUGGGUAUGGAUUUUGCAGCUGUGUGACAUGGCUGCUUUUCAGAAGGCGGGACUCCACUUGAACCCUGUGAGGUCAAAUGGCUUUUUUUUUGUUGCUUUUUUUUCUUUUUCUCUCCCCUAGGAACUUCAGAAGCCUGUAAGAAAUGUGAAACAGUGUUGGCAUACCUUUUUUAAAAAUCCGUGCUUUUCUUCUGUACAAAAAACAAAAACACGUGAACAUAAUGAUGAAGAGGAUGUGAUGUAUUCCUUAGUUUUUCCACUGUUUUCUUUGUGUGGAUGGAAAGUGCCUACAAAGUAAAAGUCAUUCAACUCGA